UCAGAAAAUGUGAUGUCAUCAGUCGAGGUUUUGCCGGCUACAACGCAUCUUGGUGUAAUGCAAUUCUUCCUGAAUUGAUAACAAAAGAAAUGGUCGGGUCUAUCGCAGUAUUGACUCUGUUCUUUGGUACCAAUGAUUCGGUCAUGGAGGGCUACAAGCAGCAUGUUCCGUUAGACGACUUUAAGGCAAAAAUGAAGGAAAUGUUGCAGUAUCUACUAUCUAUUGGUUUGGCGAAUGAAAAGAUUGUGAUUAUCACUCCGCCACGUGUAAAUGAGACUGCUUGGGAGAAAGAAUGUAAAAGACAUUUAGGACAUCCUAAAAACAAGACAAAUGAAAUUACCUCAAAGUAUGCUGAAGUCUGUUGUCACUUAGGUCAAGCAUUCCACAUUGAUGUCUUGGAUCUAUUUAAUGUUAUGCUCAGGGAGCAGAAUUGGGAACGAUUUCUGCUAUCAGACGGUAUCCACCUAUCAGUGGAUGGUGCCAAGUUAUUACAUCAACAUUUGUUGCCAAUAGUAUUGAAAAAAACAAGUCAUUUACCGACAAGAUUUCCGCUGUGGAGGGACGUCGAUGAUAUGCAUCCGGAGAAUUCACUACUACAAUAG